AUGUGCAGACGGAGGAACAGACACCCCUACUCCAGCCUGGAGAUUGUCCUCAUCACUCUCCUGGUGCUGAUGACAGCGGUGACUGUGGCACUCCUUGUCCUCCACUUUGUCACUCGGGAGAGCAGCAAAGGCAAGUUGAGCUCUUUUGAUUAUGAUGAACCUUCACCAACCCAGAAACCAGCAACAACUGGUGGCUCAGGAAACUACUUACUGGGUGUAGGUCGGGCAGACUGCACAGGGCCCGUAGCAGAAAUUCCUCUGAUGGGCUAUGCCAAUCCAGACCAGGUGGGUGGUGGACUUCUCACACGCCUCUACAGCCGAGCCUUCAUCGUGGCUGAGCCCAAUGACUCCAGGAGAGUGGUGUUCGUCAGCAUUGACAUAGGGAUGGUGUCCCAGAGACUGAGGCUGGAAGUGUUGAAGGAACUGAAGAGCAAGUAUGGCGAGCUGUACCGAAGGGACAACGUCAUCCUGAGCGGCACCCACACGCACUCAGGGCCUGGUGGUUACUUCCAGUACACACUCUUCUGGAUCACUAGCAAAGGCUUGAUCAAACCAAACCUCAAUGCUAUUGUGAAUGGCAUUGUAAAGAGCAUUGAUAUAGCACAUCAGAACAUGAAGAGAGGAAGGCUUUUUUUAAACAGAGGCAUGGUAGAAAACAGUCAGAUCAACCGCAGCCCUUACUCGUAUCUCCAGAAUCCAGCAUCCGAACGUAGCAGGUACUCAACCAACACAGAUAAAGAAAUGGUGAUGCUGAAGAUGGUAGAUGAGAACGGACAUGACCUAGGACUCAUCAGCUGGUUUGCUGUGCACCCUGUCAGCAUGAACAACACCAACCAUCUUGUCAACAGCGACAACAUGGGCUAUGCAUCUCUCCUGUUUGAGCAGGAGAAGAACAAGGGUGCGCUUCCUGGAGAGGGCUCUUUUGUUGCUGCCUUUGCAUCCUCCAACCUGGGGGAUGUGUCUCCCAACACCAAAGGUCCGUUCUGCAUAAACACAGGGGAAUCGUGUGAUAACCCACAGAGCACCUGUCCUGUUGGGGGGGCAUCAAUGUGCAUGGCCAUGGGACCUGGCACUGACAUGUUCGACAGUACAAGAAUUAUUGCACAAAAUAUCUACUUGAAAGCAAAGGAGCUGUACACCAGUGCUGCCCAGCAGCUCACUGGGCCGCUGCUCUCUGCUCACCAGUGGGUCAACAUGAGCGACGUCCAGGUGCAGCUCAAUGCCACGCACACGGUUAAAACAUGCAAACCAGCCUUGGGACAUAGUUUUGCCGCAGGGACCAUAGAUGGAGUGGGGGCUUUCAACUUCACACAAGGUUCAGUAGAAGGGGAUCCGUUUUGGGACAACAUCCGGGACCAGCUCCUGGGAGAGCCAUCCAAUGAAACAAAGGCUUGCCACCAACCAAAGCCGGUCCUCUUUAGCACCGGGGAGAUGACUUGGCCUCAUCCCUGGCACCCUGACAUCGUGGAUGUUCAGAUUGCUACUAUUGGGUCAUUGGCAAUUGUUGCUGUUCCUGGAGAGUUUACGACCAUGUCGGGACGCAGGCUGCGGGAAGCUGUUAAAAGUGAAUUUGGCUCUCAUGGUACAGCAGGAAUGGAUGUUGUAAUUGCGGGUCUGUGUAAUGUCUACACGCAUUACAUUACCACCUAUGAAGAAUACCAGGUUCAGCGAUAUGAGGCAGCAUCGACUAUUUAUGGACCGCACACCCUUUCUGCUUACAUCCAGCUGUACAGAGGACUUGCAAGGGCUAUUGCUAUGAACACAGUGCAGGACUUGCCAAGUGGCCCUGAGCCCCCACUUUUCAACGUAACCAGCCUGACCUUGGUGCCUGCUGUCACUCCUGAUAGAGCACCAGUGAAUAAGACAUUUGGGGAUGUGCUUCAAGAAGUGAACGUACAGUAUCGAGUGGGAGAAGUUGCUGCAGUAACUUUUGUCGGUGCAAACCCCAGGAACUCUGCAGAGAACGUGACUGAACACAACUUCCUGACAGUGGAGAGAUAUACCAACGUCACAGGGAGCUGGCAGGUGGUACAGAACGAUGCCUCCUGGGACACCAGGUUUUACUGGACCAAAGGGUCGUCUGGCCAGAGCAAUGUGACAAUUGAAUGGCACAUCCCUAGCAGCACAGAGCCUGGCAUCUACAGGAUCCAGUACUUCGGGCACUACAGGAGGCUGCUCAAGCAGUUCUAUCCCUUUGAAGGCACAUCUGCAGCAUUUGAAAUUACAAACCUGUAGCCAGC